GCUGUAGUUUUUAUUGGAAAUGUCUUCAACAUUUAAUGUUUUUAGUCUAAUCAUCGUACAUAUUAUAUUCUCCUACCUCAAUACUAAAACUUGUUGUUUGGUACAAAAUAAUACAUGCGAAUUCUUACCCGUCAUGGAAGAAAGCUGCCUACUUUAUGCAUUAGGUAAAAAGGAAUGUGUUUCGAAGAAUGACAUACAAAAACUCGGAUCAUCCACAGUCAACUCAGACACAGUCAAUGAAAUGAGAAAUUUAUGUAAACAAACUAGAAGUUGUACUUUACGUUUGAGUCAAUGCAUUUCACCAGCCUUCGAGGACCUAAAAUGUGAAAUUGACCCAGUACUUAUUCAAAUGUGUCGAGAUUUUAAUAUUCAAGUUAAAGAUAAUGGAGAUUCAGGAAAAGCAGUCUGUGUUUAACAUAUUUUGUUCACUUUAACAAAAAUAUGAUGUAAGGUUAAAUGUUUUGUUAAAUAUUUAUAAAGGUGUUCAGAUUGAAUCACUUAUAAAUGGAGAAAUAUAAUGUGUAUUUUUACCACAAGCAUUAGUUUUGAUAAAUUUACUGCUUAACUUUAAUUUCAAGUAUUGAAAUAUAAAACAAUUAUGUUAGCACUUUUGUUUAAAAUGUCUCUUAUAGC